ACGGUAACGGCUCCCGACAACGGUCACAUGUUUAUACACAGAAAGGGGCAGAACUGCAGAAGUUCGAUUCGAACCCUAAUUUUUCCACUUCCAUGAUCUUCCCCAAAUUGCAAGAAAUUCAGUCGAUUUCCAUUUAAACGGGGAUCAUAAAUCGUCGGGAAAUGCAAUUACGGAGUUUCCUUCUCUACAUUCUCAGUUUACCGAUUCUAUACAGAUUCGGUGCAAUUCAUUCGGUAUCUGAUAUUUGUGAAUUCAGUAUUACCCUAGAGACUAAGCUCUAUAGCUACAGCUUGGCUUCCCCUUCUCAAACAUUCCCUCAUGGCGUUCUCAGCGAGGACGGAUAUUACAAGGUGUCAUCUAAUGGGACAGUGAUUUGGUUUCAGCUUUGCGAUGGAAUGAUUUUUAACCAUGACCCACCAAGAUGUUAUGAUUGCUGGGGAUGUGGGGAAUCAUCCCGAUGCGGGAUGGGUUGCAGUGCACUUAUGUCCACUAAUAAAUUGGGUUAUCCUGUAUGUACUACUAUUGGGCGCAUCCAAACCAUCACCACAGAUCUUAUUGAUAAAAACAGUCCAGACAGGGGUGUUGUCGUCAAAAUGUGGCACCAAGGGUCAGAUAUGAAUUGUUCACUUUCUGUUUCUGUUAUCUGUGAUUCAAAGCAAGUUCAAGGACCAAAGACACUCGAGAGAGUCGGUGGGCUUUGUAACUUUGCUACGCAAAUAAUGCAUCCAGCUGGUUGCGCUAACGUUUUGUCUGCCCAUGGCAAUGGAUGGGGCUGGUUCGGCACCCUCUUCAUCACACUUUUGUGUCUCCUUGGAGGUUAUCUGAUAGCUGGAGCUGCUUAUCGCUUCUUCUAUCUUGGCAUUCGUGGUAUAGAUAUUAUUCCGAAUUUGGAAUUUUGGGCCAGCUUGCCCCAUAGAGUUCGGAGUUUAAUCAUGUCAUUGAUUCGAAGAUUUAAAGGACCUUCUCAAAGUUACAGGAGCUCGUAUUCUCCCGUUGACUUUUGACUUGCAACAUCCUUUGGUCCAAAUAUAGUUGGUGCAACCAUUGCUGUCACAGGGUCGGAGAAAGCAGAAUAUGUUCCAGUUCGGUAUGCAAAACAAGAAUUCGAGCAUUUCGUAUGCAUCUUCUUUCUCGCGGCAAAAUCAUAUUUGAUUAAAUUAUUAAACCUGUUUUAGAUGCUGAGGUGUACAAUGAGGUUUUUACUGUAUCAGAAGUUAUAAUUUUAAGUAUUUAUUCAUUUGUAUUUCUUGGUCUUCAUGCUGCAUUGCCAAAAAUAUUAGCUGAGUUAUUUCCUUGACAGUGUAAAAAAGCCUGAAAUGGUUUUAUGCUAUUUUUCUAUGUAAUUUUUUUGGAUGUUAUGGUAAAUGCAUUUUACCCA